AUGUCCAAUAGUAUUGAACAGGGUUUGAAAUUUGUGCUAUCAACGGAGGAUCAGUCUUUUCAGCUCCUCUCUUCGUACUUCGGCAUUUUAGAUCACUGUAUUAUUAUUCCAAAAAGACAGCUGACUACAGGUGAAUAUGUUGUUCGCACUGGGAGAUACAUGUUUUCAAGUGCCGGUCCAGUAGAAUCGCGAUUAAACCUGCCGAGCUUCUUGAGAAUAUAUAACGAAAGUCACCGUCAUAACCAGAAAAUAGGUGGGGAGACGCAUUUCAGAGUUGUAAUCGUGUCACAUCAUUUUAAUAAUCUUUCUCCUGUACAGAGAGAACGCUUAGUGUAUAAAUCAGUUGAACAUGAACUGCAGUCUGGUGUGCAUGCUUUAUCAGUUAUAUUGAUGAACCUUUGGAUAUACAUACGUCUCCACCCUGCCAGAAGUCUUUGUUAUAAUGUAUUUGCCAAGUGUCUAAUAAGAAUGUCUAUCUGUGCUGAUUCUAUGAAAUAUUGUCCAAGCCUACGGGAGAAUCAACUAGUCAAUGUAUAUGUUAUCGUAUCAUUUUAA